GUGCCAUUUUGUAGUAACUAAUGACUAUGUAUAUGUAGAACGUAGUAUAGUUUAGUAUUCUGAUUUGUAUAAUCAAUUACUAAUAACACGCACAGAAUCACAAAGUCAAUUUAUCUAUGUUUUCACUCUUUUUCACAUACGAGUAUCUUAGCAGAUACAUACAGUUUUCUGUACAUACGUAAUACGUAUAAAGAUAUACUCUUUUAUCGCUAUUUGUAUAGAUAUCGAGACGUUUCAGUUCUGUUCUGACAUAUUCCCCCAAAAAGGAGAAAAAGCUAAAUUUAAGUUACAAGUUUGUUUUCGGUGAAAUUUUCUUCUUGAUGAUCAUCGCUGAACUCUAUGUCUCUCUCUCUCUUCUCUGGUCUUCUUGACUUUUAGUAUUUUCUCUUAAAACAAAGAUUCAAGAACGGAAGACGGAAACAACAACAACAAAAAUGAGCAGUCAAGGAGAAAUGGAGGAGAGUCUACUACGUGUAGGAUCAGACGCUAAGGCUCAGAGCAACAGUAUAGAGAGUCUCUAUCUGAGAGCAAAGGUUUGGAGUGAAGUAAGCAAAAUGUGGAGAAUAGCAUUACCUUCCUCUUUGUUCCGAAUGACUUCGUUUGGUAGCAUCAUUGUAGCUCAGGCCUUCAUCGGUCACUCGUCUGAGUUGGGUCUAGCCGCUUAUGCUCUCCUCCAAAGCACAUUCAUUCGCUUUCUCUACGGUUUAACGGGCGGUAUGUCAAGUGCCACGGAGACGUUAUGUGGACAAGCAUACGGUGCAGAACAGUACCACACAAUGGGGAUAUAUCUACAACGUUCAUGGAUUAUAGACAUAGCCGUGACCACUUUAUUCCUACCGUUUAUCAUAUUUGCCGGUUCCAUUCUCCGUCUUUUAGGCCAAAAUGUUGAUAUCACGAGGACCGUUGAUGAGAUAUAUCCUUGGACGAUCCCUUAUGUCUAUAGCUUAAUCUUCACUAUGACUAUGCAAAUGUACCUCCAAGCACAAAUGAGGAACGCUAUCGUAGGCGUUCUCUCGGUCUUGUCAUUGGCUCUUGACCUCUUGGUCACAUGGUGGUGCGUGAGUUUUAUGGGGAUGGGGAUUGGUGGUGCGCUCCUCGGGCUUAAUGUGAGCUCGUGGGCUUUGGUAUUGGCUGAGUUUGUGUACGUUUUUGGUGGAUGGUGUCCUUUCACUUGGUCUGGAUUUAGUACUGCUGCUUUUGUUGACCUGAUUCCUAUGCUCAAACUCUCCAUUUCUUCAGGCUUCAUGAUCUGCUUAGAGUAUUGGUACCUGAGUCUCCUUGUAUUAAUGGCUGGUUAUACAAAAGACGCUAAUAUCGCAAUCUCUGCUUUCUCAAUAUGCCAAUACAUAUAUACAUUGGAAUUCAACAUAUGCCUUGGCUUCUUGGGUGCAGCUUGCGUCCGAGUGGCUAACGAGUUGGGGAAGGGAGAUGCAGCUGCAGUGAGAUUCUCUAUCAAAGUGAUAAUCACAGUAUCAACAAUCAUGGGAGUGAUAUUCUCUGUUCUAUGCUUAGCAUUUUGCGGUCAGAUAUCGUAUUUGUUUACCAAUAGCAAAGAGGUUUCAAAAGCAGUGGAUGAUCUAUCGAUAAUCCUUGCCGUAUCAAUCUUACUCAACAGCAUUCAACCUGUACUCUCAGGUGUGGCGGUUGGAGCAGGGAUGCAGAGUAUAGUGGCAGUUGUGAACUUUGUUUCAUAUUACGCAGUUGGUAUUCCUUUGGGUCUCAUCCUUACUUAUGUUUUCCAUCUCGGUGUUAAGGGACUAUGGUCUGGAAUGUCGGCUGGUAUAGCGAUCCAAACAGUCAUAUUGUGUUAUAUCAUUUACAGAACUGACUGGGAAUUAGAGGUUAAAAAGACAAGCGAACGUAUGAAAGCGUGGAGCAUUCAGCCAUCUCAUGAGGAUUCGAAUCCUAUAAGAGAAGAUGAGAGGAAGUGAGAAGUGAGAAGUGUGUAUAAACUGUUCCCUUGUGUAAAUUCAUAAACAUAUAAAUGCAUAAAUGUACCUACGUUGCUUUAAAAUCAAAUUCAGUUUUUCGAAAAUAAAGUAAAUACAUGUCGAACUA